CUGUAUGUACGCAUGCAUAACAAGAUCGAAAAAAUUCAUAGCGCGUUACGCUUCCGCUUGGACCGCCAGACGCGUAACACAAGUCUUUUUUGCUCUUAUUACAUGGACAUAAACUUUUUUCUGAACGGCUUUAAGUGUGGUGACUCCCUUAUAAUUUGAGAAGACAUUAACCUGCAAAAAUAGUCAAAAUGGAACACCGAGGACAUCCGGAAAACCCACGGAGCAAUAUCGCAAAAUUGGGGUCAUAUGAUCCAAACAAGUACUAUGUCGGUAAAGCGUCGUUGACUGUGGCCACAGACGAAAGCCUGACGCCGAAUACACCUCCUUGCUUAACACAAAGGACAAUAGGCUAUUACCUCAAACCUCUAACUCGGGAGUUGGACGAAUGUCCACCACGACCGACCAUUCGAGAGUUGCCAGACUCCGUUAUAAACAACAUGGUUCGCAAAGACAUAGCGUUCUGGGUGGACAAGCCCGGAAACAACGCUUAUACGCUUCAUGAUGCCUACUAUGAUUACGGGAUGUCCACAGAAAUGGUUUUGCCGCCUCAUCAAGACGUUUUCCCGCGAUCUUAUCAAUUUGAUUUGGACUGCGUGCAAUAUCGUAAGAGACGCGCAUGCCGUGGAUUGAAAGAAAAUAUACCGGUACCAAGUCACUGCCGCGAUUGCAAAUAUUUUUAUAAGCCAGGCCUGACUCCAUUCCAAUUAGCCUGGGCUAAGGAUCCUAGUAACAAACGGUGGAGGGAUUACCCAGAUCUCACCGCCAACUUGACAACCGAAGAAAUACGUAAUUCAAUGGCUGAAGUUGGAAGGCCGUUCCGGAACGAAGCAUGCAAUUGGUAUAACAUAAACUAUCCUUCAGCUAAAUUUGAUAUUAUACUACGCAAAUUCUCGAAAUAAAUACUGACUGAAAUAAAGAAAUCUUAAUUGAAACCUUUA